CCUUCUUGGAUUUGGUCAAGCAUUUGUGAAGCUAAAUCCAUCUUAAGAUGGGAGCUCGUAAGAACAUGGGAAGUGGAAGGACGAUCUCUUUGGAGAAUGACCCUUGGAUCCCGGGGCUUCCCAACUUUAAGAUCCACCCUAGCGAUCGUCAACAGCUUUGGGCUUUUCAAUGGAUCAUGGAUGAUGGUUGUGAAUGGAACCUGGAUCUCAUUCGACAAACUUGUUCAAUUGAGGAAGUGGAGGCAAUUAAGAGAAUCCCAAUUGGGAUUGAUUCCGCCGACGAUGAGUGGGUUUGGCACUUUGAGAAAUCGGGGAUUUACACAGUGAAAUCAGGGUACCAUACUUUCAGGGAGUCAGAACGGAACCGAUUGGGGACCCCUAACCCGAAUCAUCCUGACUGCACCUCAAAAGCCUGGAAAUGGUUAUGGAGUCUUUCAUUGCCUCCAAAAAUAAUUUCUUUCAUUUGGAGGAUUUCGAGGAAUGCGGUUGCUACAAAGAGGAAUCUCUGGUUAAGAAGAUGUAGUCCUUCACCGCUUUGCUCUCUUUGUCAGUUGAACGAGGAGGAUAUUUGGCAUUGCCUCUUUCGGUGCCCCCAUGCGGCAAGGGUGUGGCAGGUUAACCAUCCUUCUCUUCCUAUCCCUCAGGAUUCAACGCCAGUGGUCAUGUGGCUGGUUGCCAUCUUUGAAAGCCUCCCGAAUGUCUCAAUUCAUGCAGUGGUUGUGUGCUUGUGGGCCAUCUGGAUUGCUAGAAAUGAGAGAGUCUUCAAAGGUGUCAUCCCUCGGACAGCUGUGACGUCAGCAAAUGCGGUUAGGGACUUCAAUUUCUGGACUACUCCUCCCCUUGUCCAAUCGGUCCACGGAACCCAUUCUCAGCACAUUUCUGACCAUUCUACACUUAGUCUACCGCCUAGUUCUUCCCAAUGGGAAGUUUACUGUGAUGGAUCCUUCAGAUCAGAAUCACAGGUGGCGGCAUAUGGGGUCAUCAUUACAAACCCCCAUGGGCAAGUUGUGGAUGGUAGUGCUGGGACCUUUUUUUGUUCUUCAGCGAUAGUUGCGGAAGCUAAAGCCUUGUUGAUUGCUGUGAGAAUGGCAGCCUCCCUUCACGGUCCUGCUUCAAUCUUCUCGGACUGCAAAGUGCUUGUCGACAUUAUCCAAGAUCCGCAAAAAGUUGGUCCCUGGCAGGUUAGAGCAUGGAUUCAGAGGAUUCGCUUUCUCCUUCAGACGCAUAUCGGAUUGAGUUUAUUCUUCACGCCAAGAUCUACUAACAAAAGUGCAGAUUGGGUGGCAAAGGAAGCGGCAAAUGGAUCUCUCCCUCAAUAAUGGAUCCAAGUGCUUGACAUUUUAAAUCCGAUCUUGUGCUUGUACUCCUAUCGUUGAUUUGAAUGGAAAUUACAUAUUGUCAAAAAAAAAAAGUAACAACAUAUCU